AUAUCACAUCAAGCUUUGAUUUUUUUGUUUCAUCUUCUCCUUCAUUUCUCUCCAUUGCUGUAAUUUUCUCACGGAUUUUUGGUAGUAACGAAAAAAUCAGAUAGUUAGAACCUCCAAGAUUUGGAAAGAAGAAAUCUUGAACAGAAAUGGAACGGUGGGUGUGUAUAUGGUGGAAAAAGUCAUCAUCUUCAACAAGGCUUUUGGGGUUGAUGGUGCCAUUAAUUGCGGCGUCGCUGCUGGUGGUUUUUGGCAGUUCUGGGUCCUCUGGUGGGCUGUUUUCGUCGAAUUAUCAUCCUUUGGUAUGGAGUUCUAUAGCUGGAGGUCAACCGGUUCUGGAGAAUUCUAACAACGGAGGUAGUGAUUCUGUAGAGAAACCAAUGGACGGCGUAGAGCCCUGGGACUUGCAGCGGAGAGUAGGUGACGUUGGAGAAACAGAGGAAGCGUAUUCACAUGACUAUGUUCCAAACCAGUCUGUUACGCCACCACUGGCCGUUGAAGAGAUAGAAAGUACUGCUCAAGAACAAUCUCUAGAGAAAGGGAAGAGUUCAAAAACUUCAACGAAUGGAUCCGCUGUCUUACCAUUUUCUAAUGAAACUGAUACUCGGCCAUUAAAUUUGAGAAUAAUAAGAAAAUUCAGCAAUUUAGAGAGGCUUGAGGCCAAACUUCAGCAAGCUCGGACUGCGAUUAGAGAUGCACAUAUGCGAAAUCAAAGUCAGGAUCAGGACUAUGUUCCAGCUGGUCCAAUGUACUGGAGUACGAAAGCCUUUCACAGGAGUUACUUGGAAAUGGAAAAGCACUUCAAGGUGUUUGUGUAUGAAGAAGGUGAGCACCCGAUUUUUCAUAAUGGUCCUUGCGGAAGCAUAUACUCCACGGAGGGAGGUUUUAUUUAUCGCUUGGAGAUCUCCAAGUUCAGGACGAGGGAUCCUGAAAGGGCGCACAUUUUCUUCCUUCCGUUCAGCGUGGCAUCCAUAGUUCACUUUAUUUACGAUAGAGGUACUACUGAUUAUUGGCGUCCAAUGAAACUAACAGUCAGUGACUACAUUCAUCUUCUUGCUGGAAAAUAUCCCUAUUGGAAUCGUAGCCUAGGAGUCGAUCAUUUCAUGCUUGCUUGCCACGAUUGGGGGCCAGAGCUUUCUAAGUCCGUUCCGGAGCUAUUUAAGAACUCGGUUCGAGCAUUAUGCAAUGCAAAUACCUCAGAAGGAUUCGACCCCUCAAAAGAUGUGUCGAUACCAGAGAUUAAUCUACCAGGUGGUAGAAUGAAUGGCUUGAUUGGUGGUCCAUCCCCAUCAAGACGACGAAUUUUGGUUUUCUAUGCUGGAGGAGUUCACGGCCCUAUUAGACCUAUUCUUCUAGAGCACUGGGAAAACAAAGAUGAAGACGUUCAGAUUCAUAGGUACCUACCAAAGAGUGUGUCAUACUUGCAAAUGAUGAGAAAAAGCAAGUAUUGUGUUUGUCCUAGUGGUUAUGAAGUAGCCAGCCCAAGAAUGGUCGAGGCGCUUUAUACUGGUUGCGUUCCUGUGAUUAUUAAAGAUCACUACAUUGCUCCAUUCAGUGAUAUUUUGAACUGGAAAUCGUUCGCCGUUGAAAUUCCAGUGGAGGAGAUUCCGAACCUGAAGAAAAUUCUAGCCGGAAUUUCUACAAGACAGUAUAUAAGAAUGCAAAGACGAGGAAUACAAGUGCGAAGGCAUUUCGAGUUUAAUUCACCUCCCAAACGAUACGAUGUUUUUCACAUGAUACUUCAUUCCAUCUGGCUCAGAAGACUCAAUGUUCGACUGCAUGGUGUCAAGGACUCUUGACUGGUUGAUAAUAGGCUGAUGGCUUUAUUUGCGAAACGUUUGGAGGAGAAAAUGAAGAACUGUAGUUAAUUUAGGAAAACUGAACAAUUUUUUAUGGAUCAGACAAACUGUAUUUUUUCUUUUAACUGUUUGAAGCAAAAGGUAGUAUUUUGUAUCAUACAUAUAGUAUAAUAUUGUAAAGGCACAGGUUAGGGUGUCACUGGCUCUAUAGUCAUGAGAAUUUCUCAGUUCCUAGCAAUUUCCAGUCGGGAAAUUGAUGUUAAGGGCAAAUUCUUACACAUUUUUCAA